AUGGAUCAGCUGGGGGGGUAGAGGAGGGCUCAGGGUGGAUCAGCUCCGGGGGCAGAGGGGGUUCUGGGUGAGCAGGGCCUGAGGGGAAGGCUGCCAUCCCUGCUCAGUGGAUUGCUAGAGCAUCUCUGGUGGCAGCAGGAGGAGGGGAUGUUGUUGUCAUGGGGACAGAUCCUCCUUGUAGGGGCGGGACCUGAGAUGGGUGACAUCACCCCCAGGGGACGUGGGAGGAUGCGGAACCGGAACCGACAGCAGUGCCUGGAGCAGGCAGUGCAGACAGCAGCUGCCAUUCACUCACCUGGUCCUGAGCGCUCUGCAUCCCGGCAGCGGCAACAGCAUCCGGGUCUGGGAGGGGAGAAGAGCUGGCACACACUAAGCACUGCAGCUGGUACCCAGCCCAGCUCCGCCCCUCCUCCUCCUGCCAUUCCAGCCUCCUUCCCCCAGCCUCCACACGCUUUGUUCUCCAUCCCUCCCCUCCUCCAUCUCCCCUCUGCUGCAAGGAGCAUCUUCCGCUCUCACCCCUCCGAGGGCACCAGGCCGUGCGGCCACUGGCCUGCCCAGGGGCCCGUGCACAGCGCUUUGCAGCUAACUUCGUGCCCUCCAGGACGAGUCCCAGGCCAAGGCUCCUGUCCCCUACCGUGGAGGCUGAGCUGGGAUGCUGCUCUAGGGGUGCCCAUGGUUCUCACCCUGCUUGUCUCCAUCUAUAAACUGUGCCGUUUUUUUGCCAUGUCCAGUUCGGAGAGGGUGUUGGUGCCUGAGUACAUGAGCCAUGCGUGCUUGUGGUCCGGGGCGGGGGCUGCCUGCAACCACCGAGAAGUGUCCCCUGGGGUGAGCACGGAUGUCCAGGUGGCUCUGGAUCGGAUCCUCCCUGACCUGCACCUGGCCAUUUCCUCCAUGAAGCAGGCAGUCAACCCCGAGGAUCUCAGGAAGGGGAUCGCAGAGAUCUUCCAGCUGGUGGAGGAAGCCUGGGUGAUGCCCACCCUGGGGAGAGAUGUGGCCAAAGCUCUGUGUGAUGUGAUCCGCCUGGAGGGGGGCCUGGACCUGCUGCUGAACCUGCUCCAGGCAACAGAGCUGGAAACCAAGUGCCAGGCUAGCAAACUCCUGGAGCAGAUCCUGGUGGCAGAAAACAG